UCAGGUCAAAAAGUUCCAAGAAUGGUCGAUGGCGAGGGAAUUACCCCGAAAACUUGCAGUGAAGACAUCAUUAAAGAUCUUUUAAAUGAUGUGAAAUCGUCGGAAAAACCAUUCUCAGUGGAUAAACUAGCCGGAUGCGAUCAGACAGAUUUUGUUGGGAAAAGGCCGAAGAAGCAUCACAGGCACAAGUCGAAGAAAAGCAAGAAAGUUCGAAGAAGAUCCAAAACUUGGUCUAGUUCAAGAAGUCGAAGCCGGAGCCGGAGCAGAAGCCGGGGGCGUAGUCAGGAGAGGAGAAGAAGCAGAAAGAGUAGGAAAAGCAGAAGCAGGAGCCGUUUAAAGCAUAGGGAAGAAAAAAUUGAGAAGAAAAAUCUCGAAAAAGCGCCAAAAAAUGAAUUAAUCCCGCAAGCGCCAAGUACCGAAAAUGGCAAACCGAAAGAAUUUAAGGAGCCGCCAAGGAAAGAUGAGGCCGAUGAUCUACCGCUUGGCGCGGAUUUCAGCACCCCUUUAGUGAAAAAAGAGACAAAGCUGGCUAUUAGCAUCACUACAGUUCUGCCAAAAGCCGAGAAUAAGAAAGAAGUUGAGGAUGGAGAAAUAGAAGAAAUUGCAUAUGGAGAUGGAGAUUUUAAAGAACCAGAAGGAAUCGAAAAGAAUUUGGAGAAUAAAAAUAUAUGUGAAAAUGGAAAUCUGGAUAAUUCUGAAAAUGAAAAAAGUAAGGAGAAAGACAAGAACCGAAAAAAGGAGAAAACUGAAAGAAAACGGAAGCGCAGUCAUUCAAGCAGUGAUAGGAGAGGAAGAAGAACAAGCAAGGAAUCCCGUCGUCGUUCUCGUUCGAGAGACACACACCGUACUCGCCGACGAUCUCCGGAAAGAUCAAGAAGAUCCACAGAGACUCGCAACGAGAGACCCGAGAGACCUUCCAGAUGGAGAAGUCGUUCCAGAGAACGGAAAGAAUAUGAUUCAUACCGACGACGAAGAUCCCGAAGUCGAGAAGUCAUUGAUAAGGAGAAGCUAUUGGCGAUUGCCAAGACGAAAAGAGCAGAAAUGAUGUCGAAUGGCGACAGAGAUAGUGCAUCGAUUGAGGAUUUUGUUACGUACUGCAAGAAGCUUCAAAGACGACAAGAACGAGAGAAACGUCGAGAAGCUGGACACGAUGUCAGUGAUCAUGACAGUGAUAGAGAAACAGUUCGAUACAAGCAUCCAUAUGCUAUGCCAAAGGAACCUAUUCGCAUUAAUAUUGUUACUGCCACAUCCGCCAAUCUAGCUCAAAAAGCGAUCACAGGCCCAGAAGAGCCAACUCAACUCGGAGCUGCCCAACUUCGUAUUGUUUUCCCUGUCUCCUCUGGUGCUGUGCACAAAGAAAAUGCCGAAUGGGUGCCCGUCGAAAAGGAGGAUGUUCCGAAAAGUUGCUCCGUUGAGCAGAAGAAGCAUGUGGCUCUCACAAGUCUUGAAAUUGAUCGGUGUAGAGCACAGGGAAUUCCUGUCGCCCCAGCACCCGUGCCGAAAUUCCUCAACUCGAUCUUGCCACCACCGCCGGCGCCUCCCCAGUUUCUACCGAAUCCCACUGAUUCAUUCCGUCCUCCAACGCCACCUCCGCUACCUUCUGUUCUUUAUGUUCCGAAUAAGGAUCAAAUGAUUUUGAAAGAACCAAAAGAUAUCCCGAUACCAGCUCCCAGUGAUAUUGGAAAAGUACUGAAACAACGAACAGAAGCACAACGAAAAGUUUUGUCGACUCCCAAUGAUUUUGAUGCUCAUCGAGCACUACGUGAAGCCAACGAACAGAUCAGUCUCUGGGCAGCGCUAAAAAGUCUUCCUGGAGAGUACACCGGUACAACUGGCCUAAGGCUUCUGACUGCAGACGAGCUACAGCCUCAAAAUCCAAAAUAUCACGCAUGGGUGAAAAAGGACCAAUUCAGAAAUGCUGCACCAGCGACCGGCGGAAUCGGAAGAUUGAUGCUGGAAAAGAUGGGAUGGCGUCCUGGAGAGGGUCUGGGAAAGGAUGCGACUGGAAAUUUGGAGCCGCUGAUGCUUGAUGUGAAGAGUGAUCGAAAAGGAUUAAUCGCUGAGGAGGAGAUGAGCAUCAAGCAGAGAAAUAAGAUAAAUGCACAGAAUAAUGUUCCAGUUGAUUUAUCGAACAAAAAUCCAAUCUCCCUAAUAAUGGAACUUUGCGCUAAACGUCGCUGGAAUCCCCCGUCAUUCAGUUGUGAAGAAUCCGGUGCUGAUCACUUGAAGAUGUUCGUCUGGACUAUAGUCAUCAAUGAUGUAGAAUACCGUCCAAUGUGUGGCUCAAAGCAAAAGAAGGAAGGAAAAGCCGUCGCUGCUCAGGUGGCUCUUCAGUCGCUAGGCGUACUUCCAAUGGAUCCGAAUCUCCCAGUUUACAUGUAGAAUAUAAUCUCAAUUCAUCAGUUCAUCAUCAUUGUUGUGUUUUCUCGUCUUUUCAAUUGUCUAAUAACAAUCAAUUAAUUCUAAAAAUUAAAGUAUCCCCAGUCAUUCAAAUUUAUUGUCAAAUCAAAGAAUCUCAAAUUCCCGCCGUAGUUGUUGUUGUAGUCGUACGUGUCGUCGUCGUCUCAGAAGCUUCAGAAAUCGAUUUCUCCAAUGUUUCCGAAUCCUGCGAUGUUUCAAGAUUUUCAAAACCCUAAAAUUCAUUUUUAAAAAAUCAUUGAACAUAGUAAAAAUAGUUAUUUU